AUGCGUUGCAUUCGACAGAUCCUUGGUUCAGCCUUUGGGUAUCUGGCUUUUGUCUUGCCAGCCCAAGCUGCUCCCUUCGAUGCUUCCGCGCCAGCACAACCGUCUUCUGCUUCCAUCCAGUUCCCUGUCGGCGCCAAUGGACCGAACGCACCAGUCGUGUUCCCGUUGUCAAAUGGUUUCCCAAAUAUAGCAAAAGGAACGCCGGCUUUUCAGCAACUAACGGUCCAAGCUCAUGGCUCCAUAUCAAACGCACCGCCUCCGCCGUCCUUGGCAGCCGAUGACCUGCGCAGUUUCAAGGUCAUCCAAAUCCAAGAGACUUUUGAAGUCUACUACUUCACCCAAUUGCUUCUCAACAUUACCAACGAUGUUCCCGGUUUCGAGAUCAGCGACCCAUCAUUGAAGCAAGACAUCAUUCAAAAGCUGACAGUCAUCCAAGGCCAGGAGCAGUGGCAUGCCAUCAACGCCGGCAACGUUCUACAGCACUUUAAUGUCUCUCAGAUCCAGCCGUGUGUUUUUAAGUCUCCUGCGACCGACCUCACAAGCGCCAUUCACAUUGCUGCAAACUUCACUGCCGUUGUAAUCAGCACCCUUCAAGAUGUGGCAGUCCGGCUUGGUCAAAACGGGGACUCGGCUGUCAUCCGGGGGGUUGUUUCUGUGGUUGGCCAGGAAGGAGAACAGCAAGGCAUCUACCGCACGCUACCCGAUGACCUUGUCCCCUCGGAGCUUCCAUUCCUGACCCAGUCAACCCGUGAAUUUGCGUACUCGUCCCUUCAGCAGAACUUCAUUGUGCCUGGCACCUGUCCCAACGACAAUACCAUUGACGUGCCAAUUUUUGGGACUUUGGACGUCUUAACCACGAACAUACAAGCUGUCGACCAGGUUCUCACCUUCAGCAUUCAGCGAGAUUCGAUCGAAGGUCUCAGCCUUGUCUAUCUCAACCAACAGAAUCUGCCCAUUGUUGAAACAAUCAUCAACCCAUCUACCAGCAACGGCGUGACCACGUUCUCCGCCGACUUUCCCUUCAGCCAGAAUUCACUGAACGGCCUUACGAUUGCGGCGGUAGUCAACUCAACCGGACCAUUCGCAAAUGCCAACGAGGUUGCGAACAAGACGCUCUUCGGUCCUGGCCUGAUUUACCCUAAUUAGUCUAGCAUCGCCUAGCACAGAGCCACUGGCGAGCCUGGCCAGUCCCCCUCCGAUAUUUGCUUCGAUCU